AUGCGUGUUCUCAUCGGGUCUCUUCUCCUCCUCCUUCUCUGCCUACAGGCUCCGCCCAUUCUCUCCCAUCAACACUCUCACGAUGAAAAAAGUGGAAUCUUGACGAAAUUGGAUAUAGAGCAUUCGGAAGAGUUGCAUGAUCAUUCUGAUGAUCAUCAUGAUCAUGACCAUGACCAUGAACACGGCAAUUGGCACCGAAAGAAUCAGACGAAUCAAAAAAUGCAUCCAUCUCGACUGAGCACUCUGAAAAUCUGGGUGUUCUCGUUGACGGCGGUCGUCGGAAUCUCGUUGGCGCCGUGCACUCUUUUGUUCUUUAUUCCGGCGCAGCACGCGAAUGGACCAUUUCUGAAGAUUCUGUUGGCAUUCGGUGCGGGCGGUCUACUCGGAGACGCUCUUCUUCAUAUCAUUCCACAUUCAUUGAGUCCACAUGAUCAUGAUCAUGAUCAUGGACAUUCUGAUCAUUCUCAUGAUCAUUCCAAUCAACUUCGUGUAGGAAUCUAUGUUAUCGCUGGAAUUCUCGUGUUUAUGAUGGUUGAGCAGUUGGUUCGCAUUAUUAAGGGCGGUCACUGUCAUUCGCAUGAAAACGGACACAUUGUCGCCGAUGAGCAUCGUCAUUUGAAUGAUCAUCAUUCAGAGAAGAAACAAGAAGUCGAGGGAUUGAAGGACAUAAAAGCGAGUGCCUAUCUCAAUUUGGUCGCCGAUUUCGUGCACAAUUUGACAGAUGGAUUGGCGAUUGGAGCAUCAUUUUCAGCUGGAAGUACUCUCGGAUGGAUUACGACUUUGACUGUUUUACUCCACGAAUUGCCUCAUGAAGUCGGCGAUUUUGCGAUUUUGGUUCAGUCGGGAUUCUCGAAAUAUCAGGCCAUCCGUAUGCAAGCAGUCACCGCUCUCGGCGCCAUCACUGGAUGCAUAUUCUCUCUUGUUGUCUCGAAUCCGUCGAAUUCUCUGAAUUCAAAUGCUGCAACGAGUCCAAUUAUGCCAUUCACUGCUGGUGGUUUCAUAUACAUUGCGACUGUCUCUGUAAUUCCUGAACUUUUGGAAUCUGGAGAGCAUCGGAAUAUGUCGAAAGUUGCCAAAAUGGCACAGAGUUUGGUUCACGUCAUGGCUAUUUGUAUGGGUGUUGGAAUGAUGUAUAUUGUUAGUCUAGUGGAAUAA